CUGUUUUCUCCUUGCCCUCAUCCUUCAUAUUCCCCACCCCUCCCAUCCCCAUCGUCUGUCGCGCAUUCGACUGUCGAUUUCGACCCUCCUGUCUCGCGUUGAGAUUGGAUUUGAAACUCUCUGGUUUUCUCUCCUUUAAUUUUCUAUAGACAACAAUGGCCGAACAACAAGUCCCAACCUUCAAGCUCGUCCUCGUCGGUGACGGUGGUACUGGAAAGACCACUUUCGUCAAGCGCCACCUCACUGGUGAAUUCGAGAAGAAGUACAUCGCUACUCUUGGUGUCGAGGUUCACCCCAUCAAAUUCACCACGAACCUGGGCACAAUCCAAUUCGACGUUUGGGACACAGCUGGUCAGGAGAAGUUCGGUGGUCUGCGAGAUGGAUAUUAUAUCAACGGACAGUGUGGUAUCAUCAUGUUCGAUGUUACCUCCCGUAUCACCUACAAGAACGUUCCCAACUGGCACCGUGAUCUCGUCCGUGUCUGCGAGAACAUUCCUAUUGUCCUUUGCGGUAACAAGGUCGAUGUUAAGGAGCGUAAGGUGAAGGCCAAGACCAUCACCUUCCACCGCAAGAAGAACCUCCAGUACUACGACAUCUCCGCCAAGUCCAACUAUAACUUCGAGAAGCCCUUCCUGUGGCUUGCCAGGAAGCUGGUCGGCAACGCCUCUUUGGAAUUCGUUGCUGCUCCCGCCCUUGCUCCUCCUGAGGUGCAGGUCGAUGCCACCCUCAUGCAGCAGUACAGCGACGAGAUGGCCGCCGCCGCUAACCAGCCCCUGCCCGACGAGGACGACGCCGACCUCUAAAUUGUCCCAGGUCUGAAGGUUUUGGAUCGGACACCGGCUCACGCCCUUAUUGCUGUCGUCCAGCUCCAUUAGAACGAACAUACCUAGGAACGAUUAUGCGCGCAAAGUCUCAAAUCACGAUACAACGAUCAGCAGUCGGUGGAUUGGUCUGUGGAUGGCAUGAUAUUUGCUUUGAUUUUCCCUUUUUCCCUUCCGUUCAAUAUUUACCACUAGUAGUCUAGACUCCUUUUUAUCUCUACACACUAAGUUCGUAUCCAAAAAAAACGCAGCUAUCUUCUGCAAUAGUUGUCCAGGAGAAAAGUUUCCACAUAUAUCACCGCCUUCAUUCC